UCUGGGGUCGGCCGUGCGCCUGCGCCCCGGGAGCCUCCGGGAGCACGAGGACUCGCCUCCCGAGCCGCGAGCUCCGGCGCCCCGCCCCCUGCCCCGCCCCUGCCCCGCCCCUCGGUCCCAGAAGUGUGCGCGAGCAAGAUGGCGCGGCUCUGCAGAGUUCUGCUGUUCGUCUCCCAAUUCUACAUCUUGUCCGGCGGUGGAUCCUUAAAUUUAGAGCAUUCGCAGCCGCUGGCUCAGUUAGCAAAGGAUCCGGGCCCAACACGUACAUUCACGGGACUUCCCAGGGCAGCAGAAAGCACCGAAAUCCCACCUUAUGUGAUGAAGUGUCCAAGCAAUGGUUUGUGUAGCCGACUUCCUGCAGACUGUAUGGAAUGCAAGACAAAUUCCUCCUGUGUCUAUGGGAAGCCUGUCGCUUUUGACUGCACAGUGAAACCUUCUGUUACCUGUGUUGAUCAAGACCUCCAAUCCCAAAAGAACUUCAUCAUCAACAUGACUUGCAGAUUUUGCUGGCAGCUUCCAGAGGCAGAUUACGAAUGCUCCAAUUCUACCAGCUGCAUGACAGUGUCCUGUCCUCGGCAGCGAUACACUGCCAACUGCACGGUGCGGGAUCACAUCCAUUGUUUGGGUAACCGUACUUUUCCUAAAAUGCUGUACUGCAAUUGGACAGGAGGUUAUAAAUGGUCUACUGCUCUGGCUCUGAGAUUCUGUGGAUCAGAAAUUGGGAAAGAGCACAAAAUAGUUUGUCAGUCCUGUGACACUGGGGCCUCAGCUGGAAGACUCAGAGGACGGGAGCCAGGAUCACCUGAAGCCUCCUUUACCCACAUGUCUGGUGGGGCCUCACCACAUGGGCAUAGGUUGAGCUUCCUGACAGCAUGGCAGUCGGCCACAUCGAAGCUAUGUUGGGUAUUCUAACCUAACUCCAGAAGCCGGGCAGCAUCACUUCUGCCACAGUAUAUUAAUUAAGUUAGUUACAAAGGUGCACACAAGUUCAAGGGGAAUGGGCAUAAACUCCACUUCUGGGGGGAAUAGGAAAGUUCAGGAAAAGCUAAUGGGAUUAGAAAUAUUGCAGUGGGCAUUUUUGGAAAAUACUAUCUCCCAAAUCUUAAAAGAGAUGGGGAAAGAGAGAAAAGAGAAGAUGAGAGGGAGCUGGCUACAGUUUCCCUUUGAGCUCCUUCUGCUCUCUUAGAGGUUUCUAAAAAGAACCAGAAACUAUUUGGCUAGUAUGGGACAAUUCCCAGUUAUUCUUUUGAUUGUAAUAUUGAUGGGUGUUCCUGUCAAAGAGUUUCUUUUUUUGUUUUUUACUUUUGAUUUUAAGGAUAUGCUCAUGCUAUGUCCUUUUUAUGGUCAUGCCAAUUAGCUUGUAUCAACUAAGUUUCUGUGUUUCCUUGUGCUAUCAUAAGAUGAACUAGUUAGAGGAGGUGAGAGAGGCCUAGAGUUUACAUGCCUAGCCCAAGACUGAAUUCAUCACUGAACUUUUUUUUUUCUGACCUUAGAUUUGGAAAAUCUUUUAUGAAGACAAUUUUAGAAACUGAAUUGAGUUUAGAGGUCUCCUCAUGUCAAAUAAAUAAUGUAGGCUAUCAGGAUUUUUUUUCUAUUUGUUAUAAAAUGCCUCUUAAAAUAGUAUUCUUCUCUAUGUCAAAAGUUCCCUAAAGUGGUCACCAGGACUUCAAAUUGCCCUUUGUGAAAUAAACUCAUUUACAGAGACAGGCAUAUGAGUUAGAAUUAUAAUGUGAAAAUUCAAAGUAAGCACAUGUUUGGACUGAACAGGGUGCAGAACUGUAGUCAUUGGUGAGAACUGUCUGCAAUCAUGUCUCCAGAGCCUGGCCCAAUGCCAGCUGUCAUCAGCCAUGACUCGAGGAACUGCCUAUUGUCUGUCUGCUUGUGCAUGUGUGGUGUUACCCAUCUGAAAGAGGAAGUCCAUGGGGAGAGGGCAAGCAUGGCUCUUGGAACUGAUCUGAGGAUGGACUUAUUGAACUUACAUUUGCUCUUUCCCCAGCGACUUCCUCUUACAGAUAAACAAUACUCAAGUCCCAGAAGGGCUUAAUGAAAUAUUUGGAGCUCAGAUUCAGUGUGAAACUUACCUGGUCAUCAAACACAGGUUGACCUCAAGCAGGUGGUGAACCGAACGGUCAGGUUCCAGUUUGCAGUACUGAGGUUCUUGGCGGGAAUCACGGUGGAACUUACACUUAUUGAAGCCCACUGACCAAGGACCUCUGGAAACACAUCCAUUACUGCAGCAAGGGAAAACUUCCUUUUUGUCACAUCUGAAUCUUCAGUAGUGAGGGAGUUGUUGGAAUUUUCCUCUAACUGCGUGGAACUAUUGCCUGUGGACAUAGUAAGAGAUACCCCAGAGAAACCCCAUUGCUCUGGCAGCAGAGGACAGCCACAGCCACAGCCUCUUUCCUUUUGGCAGUCGAGCCUUAGCUGUGUGAUAGCCCUCACAGGUAAGCACAAGUCCCUCUUCUGAGAUCCUAGUUUGUGACAUACCACCUCUUUUUUGUUCCUCAGCCUUAGGGCUAGCAGCUGCUUCCUGCAGAUGCUGUUAUCUGGAUUACCUCAGCAUCCACGUUUGGUCUUUUUCCUCUUUUACUCUUCCAAGAAUUCUGUAACUAAUCACUUACAUUAAACUCCUCUUGUUUGAUA